AUGCUGAAUCCGAUUUCGGCCGAGAAAUGGCACGAGCUCAGGGUCCAAGAACCUUAUCUCAAGGUGCCCUGCCUUAUCAAUAGCCCAGAUUGCUCCGGAUCCGAUCCGGAGUUCAUCCGGGUUCCCGGGUCCCGGGACGGCGUUGGUGGAUACAUCUUAAAGCAAUGUGGGCCCCACUGUUGCCGACACCGGUCGCACUCUAGCAACGACAAGUCCGGCCCGGUUCCGAGCCAUCGUUACAUUGCAGACGGUGCUGGGACUUUAGUCGGAAGGAUCCAACGCCUCGCAUCGCUAAAAGGUAAAUGCCACCCAAGCCAAUCAGGAAUGCAGCCUUUUGAGUGGGUCGUCCGUCAUCAACAGGGCGUACGGAGUACCUUAACAGAUCCAAAGUCCCGUAGUCCCUGA